AUGCGGUCAGCUCUCCAAAACUAUCUCCGGGCAGCUGUAAUUUUUCUUUCCAGUAUGAAGUUUCUAGUGACCAAUAAGAGAAUUCAUACUGCAGAGAAACCUUACAAAUGUAAAGAAUGUGACAAAGCUUUUAAUCAAAAAUCAUGCCUUACUCAACAUCAGAAAAUUCAUACUGGAGAAAACCCCUACAAAUGUAAAAUAUGUGGCAAAGCUUUUAGUGGAAACUCAGGACUUAUUAUUCACCAGCUGAUUCAUACUGGUGAAAAGCCAUACAGAUGUAAAGAAUGUGGCAAAGCUUUUAAUCAAAGAUCAUACCUUACUCAACACCAGAGAAUUCAUACUAGGGAGAAACCAUACAAAUGUAAACAAUGUGGAAAAGCAUUUAAUCAAAAAUCAAGCCUUAGUAAACACCAGAAAAUUCAUACUGGGGAGAAGCCAUACAAAUGUAAAGAAUGUGACAAAGCUUUUUAUCAAAAGUCAAGCCUUACUAAACACCAGAUAAUUCAUAAUGGAGAAAAGCCAUACAAUUGCAAAGAAUGUGGCAAAGCAUUUAAUCAAAAAUCAAAUUUUAGUAAACACCAGAAAAUUCAUACUGGGGAGAAGCCAUACAAAUGUAAAGAAUGUGGCAAAGCUUUUAAUCAAAAUUUAUAUCUUACUAAACACCAAAGAAUUCAUACUGGAGAAAAGCCAUACAAAUGCAAAGAAUGUGGCAAAACUUUUAAUGGAAGAUUAUACUUUAUACAACACCAGAGAAUUUAUACUAGGGAGAAACCAUACAAAGGUAAAGAAUGUGGCACAGCUUUUAAUCAAAAAUCACACCUUACUCAACACCAGAUAAUUCCUGGGGAGAAACCAUACAAAGGUAAAGAAUGUGGCAAAGCUUUUAAUCAAAUAUCAAACCUUACUCAACACCAGAUAAUUCAUACUGGAGAGAAGCCAUACAAAUGUAAAGAAUGUGGCAAAGCUUUUAAUAAAAAAUCAUGCCUUAGUAAACAUCAGAGAAUUCAUACUGGGGAGAAGCCAUAUAAAUAUCAAUAAUGUGGCAAAGCUUUUAAUUGAAGAUCAUUCCUUAGUGAACCCCAGAGACUUCAUAUGGGAGAAAAGCCAUACAAAGGCAAAUACUGUGGCAAAGCUUUUAAUCAAAGAUCAUGCCUUAUUCAACAACAGAGAAUUAAUACUGGGGAAAAGUUAUACAAGUGUAAAGAAUAUGGAAAAGCUUUUUAUCAAAGAUCACACAUUUCUCAACACAAAAGAA